AUGUCGCGGAGAGCACAAACUUGCUCCCCCAAUUCUACCACAGCAGCCGUGACACAGAACGUUAAUGGAUUCAUUCACGCCCCAAACAUCACCACCCCCCAUUCGCACCGAUCCCUUAAUCCCCUAUCUUCAUUCGCAACCCCCAAACAAAACCCUAGCCCCCGACUCUCGCUCUCUCAGUUUGGCUCUUGCCGAUUCAAUAAACGGAACCUCGGCAUUUUGGCAGCUCUUCCCGAAGAAGUUAACAGUUAUCCGCUUCUCCAUCGAAAUCUGUCCUCGUAUUUCUCGGUCUGUUCCUCCUACUCCUUUGCUCGGGAGAUUUUGGCGAUCUCAAAGCCGAAGCUUGACUGUGUUCUUUCAAUGAUGGGAGGAAAUAUGUAUCACCAGUCUGCACCGAUGGACAUUCUAGUGAUGCCUCUUAUGACAAGUAAGGAACUGGCGGUGCUUGAUUGGGAUGUAAGGGGGCACGCUGAUGUUUUCAAAGAGGAUAUCAUGCCGCCACAUGAGAUUGUGCCUAGGGUUUCUUCCAUAAAAUCGCCGAUGAUUAGCUUUUCUAUGUUGGGAGGGGUUGGGAGGACUCUAAAGGGUAGAGAUCUGCGAAUGGUACGCAAUGAUGUUUGGCGUCAAACAGGUUUUCAAGAUUGA